AUGAGUUUCGCGUCCCGCACGAGCCAGUUGUCCGGCUCAACGGCUUACGCUGGCUCGUCGGCCUCGCUCAGCUCGCUCUCGAGCGGGGCUACCGUGGUUCCCACGGCCAACAUUAUCAACCAGAAAGCAGACGCCUCUAGGUCGCUGUACCAAAUAUGUGUCACAUUAAAGAACCGCCUUUCCCAGGUGCCGGAUUUCGAGCCUUACCUGCAGCAGCUUGAUCCUACCGACCCGGUCGAUCCACUAUGGGCCCUCCUCCGAUCUGGACACCCACUUCUCACCAUCUAUAAUGCUCUACAACCCGAGGUCCCCCUUGUCGUGGAGGAAAAUGUUCCUAAUGAGGAAAAGCGAUCUAAGAUUGCCAUCUUCAAGUUCGUAAAGGCUUGUAUGGAUGAGCUCAAGGUCCCUCCCCAAGACAGCUUUGUUAUUGCUGAUCUAACGGGGAAUGACACUAGUGGUUUUGUAAAGGUUACUCAAGUAGUCAAUCUUGUACUGGAUCUCGCCCAGCAGCGGGGUCUCCUGCUUCAACUGGACUCUCACUUUGUGGAAGAUCCGAGCAGAGAUAACCCGACAAUGAAGAUGACAUAUCGCGACCAUAUUGUGAAGGAACUUGUAGACACUGAGCGCAAGUAUGUCCAGGAUUUGGAGAACCUUCACGACUUAAAGACAACCCUAGAACAGAGAGGUGCUAUUCCCGGUGAUAUUGUUCACUCUAUAUUCCUCAAUAUCAACGCCAUCUUGGACUUCCAACGCCGCUUUCUCAUCCGCGUUGAGACAACGAACUCAAUGGCAACCGAGUUUCAAAAAUGGGGUACCCCUUUUGUUAUGUACGAGGCCGCUUUCGACAUCUAUCAACCGUUUAUCGCCAACCAAAGAAAAGCAGCUCAGGUCGCGAAUCAGGUCUUCGAUAAAAUACAGCAAGUCAAUCAUCCUGUAGCAGCUGAUUUCAACACACUGGAUGGAUUUCUCCUCAAACCAAUGCAGCGAUUGGUUAAGUAUCCGCUUCUCUUGAAGGAUCUGAAUAAAAAGACUGAAGAAGAGGAAAUCAAGCGGGACUUGAUGGAUGGUUGCGAGGCAGCCGAACGGGUUCUGAAGAAGGCCAAUGAGGCGGUCAACCGAGAUCUUUUAGACGAAGCCCUCGAAGAGCUGAUAAGCAGAGUCGACGAUUGGAAAAACCACAAAGUUGAGCAAUUCGGAAAGCUUCUGAUGCACGGUGUCUACCCUGUGAUUACGGGCAAGACGGACCAAGAGAAGGAUUAUGAAAUCUAUCUGUUUGAGUGCAUUUUGCUCUGCUGCAAAGAAGUGGCCCCGAACAAAAGCAAAGAUAAGAAGGAUAAGACGAGGUCUUCGGGGCCUAAGAUUAGAAACCGGAAUGCGAAGCUGCAUCUGAAAGGAAGGAUAUUCAUGAAUAACGUGAAUGACGUUAUCACUCUUUCUAAGCCAAGUUCAGGUUCGCAUAGUGUGCAAAUCUGGUGGAAGGGAGACCCGGGCAUUGAGAACUUCACCAUCAAGUUCCCUAAUGAAGAGUUGAUGAAGAAAUGGGCCGACGGUCUCGGCACCCAGCGCAUAGAGAAGGGUCGAGCACAAAGUGGCGUAGAUCCCACCACUUUUAUUUGGAACAAGGAUAACCUUCCCGAAAAUCCAUAUCUUAACAAAGAAGACGACGACGAUGAAGACGACGACCUCCCACCAGCAUCCGCACCAGCACGAUUUGGGGGCCAUGUUCCCCGCACAUCCUCAAAUUCGAGUUUACGAGGACGGUCAGGCACCAACGAUAGCUCACAGUCCUUGUCCAACAUGACAAGGACAUCUAAUCCCAGAUAUCCCGUGCCUGGACAACCCCCCGCCCCCCUGAAUCUCGGCGCUGUUUCUCCAGGUACACGGGGAGGCGACAGUUACUUUUCUCCCGUGGAGCCAUCACAAUCACCAGCUUCGUCCAGGGCUAGCACAGCCAGCAACAUGACGCCGAUUUAUAAGCCCGGUACUCCCCAGGCUGUCUGGGACGAACCACAGCGACACACAGCCCCGGCAAUGCCGCGGGCACCUUCUCGUGAUGGAUCGUCUCCUAACCAACAUGGCGUCAAUGGUAGGGGUAAUCGCGGACCAUCACUGCCAGCCAUGGCAACUCAUAAUAGCGCCGCACAGCAACAACGGGUUAGGUCAUACAGUACGCCCGAUAUUAAUGGUCAGGGUGGUACGCGCCAGCGGGCGCCUAGCCAAAGCAAUGUACCUGCUGUACCUGGCAUUCCUCACCACCUUUCUGGACACGAUGGCAGCGUUCCUCGGUCACAGACUGGAUCACCCAGAAAUGAUCUGCCAGUUCGAGCGAAUACGCAGAGUCCUGGUGCGCAGCGGGAGCGAAUGCAUCAGCAUUCCGGGAGCCUUGGAGGCGGUGCCGGUCUUUACCCUGGGCACCCAGUUUAUGGAUCCCGUACAACAACACCCAACCCUCAGGGCGGGAGCUCUCUUCGAGUCGAGGGAGGCGGUGCAAAUGCACGCGCCGUAUCACCAUCAGCAAAUACGGGCUCAUUUGCACCACCUGGGGGUGGAGAGAUGCCUUUCCCGACUUCGCUGAAGGUCAAAGUCAACUGUGACAGUGGUAACUACGUUACUCUUGUCGUAGGAUACAACACUGCCUACCAGUCCCUCAUCGACCGUAUUGAUGCUAAGCUGGCGCGAUUCACUACUAGUAGCAUUGGUCAAGGCAUCCUGAAGCUAAAAUACCGUGAUGAGGACGGUGAUCUUAUCACCAUCUCGAGUGACGACGACAUACAGCUCGCAUUCGGAGAAUUCCGCGAGAUGCAUGCGGGCGGCGUUGGCGAAAUCGAACUGUUCUGCGUUGGUGAUGCUGAAAACUAG